CCCUUUUCUCCAUUUUCACAAUCCAUCACGGUUCAUACAGCUGAGCUACACCGAAAACCAACACAAACAAAUCAAAUCAACCAUACAGAAAAAAGACAUUUCCCAUUUCGAGAUCGAAUGUGAUAGUACAAAAUAAAAUCAUAAACUGUAGCAGAUCUUAUAAUGGAUGGUGUGUCAAUUAAAGUAGCAUAUAAAAAUCUAAAACAGGAAGUAGAAUUAGCAAACAUCGAUGAUGAAUCAUCUCAUAGGUUAGAGAUACAUAGUGAUUGUUCAUCAUCUCCACCUAGGGUUUCCAAUGGAGAAAUCAACCACGAUUGUCAACCUCAACCGCAGCCGCCUAUACGUAACAGUUUGCUGACAUUGAUUCUAAGUUGCACAGUUGCUGCUGGUGUUCAGUUUGGAUGGGCUUUGCAACUCUCUCUCCUCACUCCUUACAUUCAGACACUUGGCAUAGAGCAUGCCUUCUCUUCUUUUAUUUGGCUUUGCGGUCCUAUUACUGGUCUUGUGGUACAACCUUGUGUAGGUAUAUGGAGUGAUAAAUGUCAUUCAAAAUAUGGCAGAAGAAGGCCUUUCAUUUUUGUUGGAGCUGUCAUGAUCUCUAUUGCUGUGAUAAUUAUCGGGUUUUCUGCAGACAUAGGAUACUUAUUGGGGGACACGAAAGAGCAUUGCAGCACUUUCAAAGGCACUCGCGCAAGAGCAGCCAUUGUGUUCGUUGUUGGGUUUUGGAUGCUCGAUCUUGCUAAUAAUACUGUGCAGGGUCCAGCUCGAGCUCUUUUGGCAGAUUUGUCAGGUCCUGAUCAAAGAAAUACUGCAAACGCUGUGUUCUGCUCCUGGAUGGCUGUUGGAAACAUUCUUGGAUUUUCUGCUGGAGCCAGUGGAGGUUGGCACAGAUGGUUUCCCUUUUUGACAAAUAGAGCUUGUUGUGAGCCUUGUGGAAAUCUCAAAGCAGCGUUCUUAGUUGCAGUGGUCUUUCUGACUCUAUGCACGUUGGUAACUCUCUACUUUGCCAAAGAAGUCCCACUGUCACCCAAGCAAACUAAUCGCUUAUCAGAUUCUGCUCCUCUUUUGGAUAGUCCUCAGAAUACUGGCUUUGACCUUUCUCAAUCAAAAAGGGAGUUACAGUCUGUAAAUAAUGUAGCAAAUAAUGAAUCUGGGAUGGGUCGCGUAGCAGAUAAUAGUCCAAAGAAUGAAGACCAGAGACCUGAGCAGGAUCAAGGUGAUAGCUUCACCGAUAGCCCUGGAGCAGUUUUGGUCAAUCUGCUGACCAGCUUACGGCAUUUGCCUCCCGCAAUGCAUUCGGUUCUCAUUGUCAUGGCUCUGACUUGGUUGUCCUGGUUUCCAUUUUUCCUUUUUGACACGGAUUGGAUGGGGAGAGAAGUCUAUCAUGGGGACCCGAAAGGAGAAGCAGCUAAAGUAACAGCAUAUAACCGAGGUGUCAGAGAAGGUGCAUUUGGUUUGCUAUUGAAUUCUGUUGUUCUUGGCAUUAGCUCCUUUCUUAUUGAGCCAAUGUGCAAGUGGAUUGGUUCGAGACUUGUGUGGGCGGUGAGCAACCUCAUUGUAUUUGCCUGCAUGGCCUGCACCGCUAUCAUUAGUGUGGUUUCUAUCAGUGAACAUUCUCAAGGAGUCCAACAUGUGAUUGGCGCUACUCGAUCGACUCAAAUUGCUGCUUUGGUUGUUUUCUCGCUUCUUGGCAUUCCUCUUGCUGUAACUUACAGUGUCCCUUUCUCCAUCACAGCAGAGUUGACAGCUGAUGCUGGUGGUGGUCAAGGUAUUUCUUCGAUCAAUUAAAAUUUUAUGAUGUCUUGCUUGAUGAGGCGAUUAAUUGAAA